ACUGAUAAGACAUGAUCUGUGAUUGGUCUGUACCAUGAGGUUUGUAUGUUUAGGGACAGCAGAUUGGCCGGUUGCUCAUAAGCCCAGAGUUAGCUGCGCCCCCUGAUGAAGCUCGGCAUUGAGUGAAACAGAUGUUGGGGCUUAUGCAGACGUGAGCUGCUGCCAUGUCAAACUUUGAUAACGGCAAUCAAGAUUUCUACCAGACAAGCUACAGUAUUGACGAUCAAUCUCAGGGUUACGGCUACAAUACACAAAAUGAAGCCCAAUAUAACAAACAAUACAACUAUGACUAUAGCCAACAAGGUGCUUUUAUGCCUCCUGGGAUGACAAAUCAACAGCAAGCGUAUGCAGGACAGAUCUAUCAGCCAACACAGACAUACACUCCUACUUCUGCAGAGUCUGUGUAUGGAAGCGGUUUUGAUGAUGAGCCCCCUUUGUUAGAAGAGCUUGGGAUCAAUUUUGACCACAUUUGGCAGAAGACAUUAACCGUGCUACACCCUCUGAAAGUAGCAGAUGGCAGUAUCAUGAAUGAAACAGAUUUGACUGGACCAAUGGUCUUUUGUCUUGCAUUUGGUGCCACAUUGUUGCUGGCUGGUAAGAUUCAGUUUGGCUAUGUUUACGGGAUCAGUGCUAUCGGUUGUUUAGGGAUGUUCUGCCUUCUCAAUCUGAUGAGUAUGACCGGAGUGUCAUUUGGCUGUGUUUCCAGUGUCCUGGGCUACUGUCUUCUCCCGAUGAUUAUCUUGUCUGGAUUUGCUGUUGUUCUUUCCUUGCAAGGAAUUAUUGGCAUCCUCCUCACAGCUCUAAUAAUAGGCUGGUGCAGCUUCUCCGCCUCAAAGAUCUUCAUUUCUGCUUUGGCCAUGGAAGGACAACAGCUUCUUGUCGCCUAUCCAUGUGCUUUACUAUACGGCGUGUUUGCCCUGAUUUCUAUCUUUUGAACUGUAUAUUAAAGUUGGACUACAAUGGGCCAAACACAUUUUGAAGAUGGAUUUAAUCUGCCGUCUGGGAUCACUAAGCUGUCAUCAUGCACAUUUUUGGGAAACAAAGUGACGUACGUCUUAUGUUCAUGUUUUAUAUAGGACUUUUUAUAAAUACUGAAGGUCCUCAGAAUAUCCUUGUAAAGAGCUUAAGUUGUACUGACUGAACCCACUAGCAUACACAAUUUUAAAAGUAAUUAAACAAGGUUCUGAGUUCAAAAUGUCUUCUGUUUUAUAAUAAAAGCUCCUUUU